UAGGGAUGUCCUAUAACCACAACCAGGUUGAUUACAAUGAGAACCAGCCGAGUGCACCCCCUCCCCGUACUGUGUCCCUGAUGGACGUCUCCCCCCAACCCCCUGAUAAGCCCCUUCCUCCCAUGCCUCCUGGUCAUAACAAGGAGAAGAGCAAGUUUUUCACAUACUUCCUCAAGAAACCUGGUCGUAAUAAGAUAGAGAUUUCCAGCCCACAAGACUUUUCACAUCAAAUGCACGUAGGAUUUGACCAAGAAUCUGGAGAAUUUGUUAAUUUACCAAAAGAAUGGGAAGUUCUUCUCAGUACAUCUGCCAUCAGUAAAGAAGAAACCAAGAAAAAUCCCGAGGCUGUGUUGGAUGUGUUAAACUUUGUGAUGAACGAACAGCCACAUUCUGGAGUCCAGCCACCUACAAAAUACAUGCAACAUGAUCACGACGACGAGGAGGAAGAUAAGGAUGAGAGUUCCUCGUCCCAAUCAGCUGCUCCUGCUCCACCACCAAGACCAGCUUACACCAAAACCGCUAGUACUCGACCAACGUCAGCAGCUUUGAUACAAGCGAAGGUCCCCGGUAACAUGCCUCAGGGUCAAGGUGGGCGAAACAUACCCAAAAAGAAGAAAAAGGCAAAGCUCAGCGAUGAAGAAGUUUUAUCCUUGCUGCGAACAAUUGUUAGUGUCGGUGAUCCUAAGACAAAAUACACUAAGUUUGAGAAAAUCGGUCAAGGGGCCUCAGGUACGGUAUAUACUGGUGUGGAGGUAUCCACAGGGCAGGAAGUCGCUAUCAAAAUGAUGAAUCUCAGUCAACAGCCUAAAAAAGAUCUGAUUAUAAACGAGAUUCUAGUGAUGAAAGAGAACCGCCACCCUAACAUAGUGAACUAUCUGGACAGUUACUUGGUCGGUACUGACGAACUCUGGGUCGUAAUGGAAUAUUUGGGAGGUGGACCCUUAACGGACGUAGUAACUGAAACGUGUAUGACUGAAGGUCAGAUAGCAGCCGUCUCAAGAGAGGUGUUACAAGCUCUGGCAUUCCUACACAAAUCGCAAGUUAUACACAGAGAUAUCAAGAGUGACAACAUCCUCUUAGGCAUGACUGGUGGUGUUAAAUUAACCGAUUUUGGUUUCUGUGCCCAAAUCACGCCAGAUCAAAGCAAAAGAACGACAAUGGUCGGUACUCCUUAUUGGAUGGCACCGGAGGUGGUGACCCGAAAACAGUACGGUCCUAAGGUUGAUGUGUGGAGUUUGGGUAUCAUGGCUAUUGAGAUGAUUGAGGGAGAACCACCCUACCUUAAUGAGAACCCACUGAGGGCGUUAUAUCUGAUAGCAACGAACGGAACUCCGGAGAUUUAUAACCCUGAGCGACUAUCCUCCGUGUUUAGAGAUUUCCUGGCCAAGUGCCUGGAAAUGGAUGUCGAAAAACGCGGGAGUGCUAGUGAAAUGUUGCAGCAUCCCUUCUUGAGGAAGGCAGCACCCUUAUCAAGUUUAGUUCCCCUUAUCCACGCCGCUAAAGAAGCAGCCAAACACUAAAAACACUGCUCACGUGACCCAUCACAUGGUCACGCACAAUGGUAUGACGUCACGCUACAAGCCGUGACGUCACGUUUUAUUGCACGGCGAUUGAAACUCUUGGAUGGACUUGUGGUUUUACGAUUACGUUGAUUUGUGUUAACCGCCCCUUUUUUUGAUACAUUUGCGAAUUUCGAGGUGAAAGUAUAGCCUUGUUGGUAGGUAUAUUUCAAAUCCAGUGCUUCUUUUGAUCUUUUUAAACAUUCCUCGCGCGCUCUUUCCAAAUUUAAACGCUAGAUUUAGGUUUUAAUAUUGCUUUUUCAUUUACCAAUUUAAACCAAGUUUUUAGGCUGUAAAAAUGAUAUAAAAACAGCUGAAGUUAAUAAUUUUUCGCUCAAAUUAGAUGCAUUUAAAAUGUUAUAGAUAUAAUAAGAUUUAUACAUUAUUAUUAUGAGAUGUAUAUUACUACUUUGAUGUAAAGAUGUGUCAUAAUUUUUUGCCAUGCCAUAAUUUGACGUUAAAUUGUUGAAGUGUUUAAUUUUUGUUCGAUUGGUUUGGCGUCUUACAGUUACACUAUUCAUCAUAUCAACAGCAUUAUCUUCAAUCUUCUUUUAUCAUGCAUAAUAUAUGUACAUAUUUAGAAUUUCUAAAUCCACCAGUUCAAGAAUGAAGAAACUUCUUACAUUUUAAGAUAUGCGUCUCAUUUAACACGGAUCAACUUCUUCUUUUUAUACAAAUUAUGGACGCUGAAAAAAGAAUAAAUACAUCAUUAAUUUUGUGUAUUGACGGUUUACAUCUUUUUCUUAUGAUUAUUAUGACUUAAAAGUUUUUUAUAAUCCGACCUCAAGAUUUUCGAUUCAAGCAAUAGAGAGAAACGAUCGAAGAAUGCUUUUUAGUUUUCCUGAAUGUAAUGUCUUAUUUUUUGCCUAAGAAGUUAGGGAAAAAAAUGUAAUUCUUAUUGAUUUGGCAGGUAAUUUCCUUUCUCGUUCAUCUUCUUCUUUGUUUAGAAUUUGCCGCCUUCUCUAGAUUUUCUCCGCCACUUACUGGUACUACAUAUAUUUCUAGGUGUUGUGCAGAAUGGCAUUUUAUACUGGGUCCUGGAUAAUUUUAUGGCUGGAUAUACUAUUGCAUUCGAUGAUAUUCAUACAAAUUUUAACUAUUGUUUUUACAA